AUGGACAACCUCGACUUCACCCACGCCGAUAACCUUCUGGCCUUUGGCGAUUAUACCGAUCCUCGCCACACCACCUCCUAUCCCUCGUCAUCUUCCUUGGCUUCGCACCAGCAGUGGGCUUUCACCCUCGACUCCAUCGACCCGACCAUGGCCCACCAAGCCUUCCAGUCGCAACAACAACAACACCACCACCACCAACAUCACCACUCACAUCAACUCGAGCAACCCGUGUCGCAACAUAUCGACUACAAGUAUGAUGGAGCCAACCUCGACCAAAAACAGCACCUUGACUAUGCCGUCAGCCAGCAUGAUCAAAAGCCAUACGAGGUCCAUGAUGUUUCCGCUUCUGUUCAGUCUAAUGCCAUGCAACUCGCCUAUGCCCAGCAGCAGCAGAUCACUCAAGCCGCUGCCCUGAAUCCUCAGUGGCACUUCCAAUUCCCUGCCCAGCAAGCUUUCAGCCAGGACGCCACUCUGGACCGCACCUAUGACGCUUCAUAUGCUAUGCCGAUCCAGCAGGCUACCCCUCAGUACAUGCCUGUCUCGGCUGAGAACACCAUGGCCAUGAACUCGACCGCAUACAUGACUAUGGCCGCUCCUAUGGAGUCCAUGAAUGUUCUCUCCUACCCCCUGAACGACUAUCAGAACGAGCUUCUCGCCUUCCAGAUGGGGAUGGCUGCAAACACCAAUGUUCAAUCUAGCCUGCCUAGCAACUCUCCUACUGGUUCCUAUCUGGAAAUUCGUUCUUUGUCAAGUAGCGACAAUGGCUGGACUGCUGUCGACUUCCCUGUUUCGAGACAUUCCCUCGGCUCCUAUGUCGAAGCCAACAACAAUGCAAUCUUCAACCCUGGUCAAACCUUGCAUAUUCGCAGUGCCUCUGACUCUUCGAACGAUGAUGCUAGUUCUGCGCAAUUGUCAAGUAGCUACGAGGAGAUUCCUUUCCCUCUAUUCUCACCUGUAUCAGAUGGCUUCAGCACUGGUGACUAUGUUCAGCACAGAUCCCACCACUCCAGAAACUUCUCAUCCGACUAUGAACAUGACUACCUGUCUCACUCCACCUCUUCGUCGCCAUUGGCAAGUCCUGCUGACGGUACUCGUCCUUCUACCUCUCAGGCAGUACAAGCUUCUACCAUCUCAUCCAACGCCUCAAGCCCAGUGUCACCUCCUUUGAGAAAGCGCAAGACUCCUACUAACGCUCUCGCCAAGACCACCAAGUCUGCCAUCAAGAAGGCCAGCCCUCCUGCUCGCAAGGACGGUGCUCCCGAGAAGCGUGUUGGCAAGAGAAAGGGUCCUCUCCGUGCCGAUCAGCGUCAGCAAGCUCAUGAAAUCAGAAAGCUUCGUGCCUGUCUUCGUUGUAAAUUCCUCAAGAAGACUUGUGAUAAGGGCAACCCUUGUGGUGGUUGUCGUCCUUCGCAUGCUCGUCUCUGGCAGGUCCCUUGCACUCGCAUCGACAUCAAGGAUAUCGGUUUCUUCAUGAAGGACUGGAAAGCCGACUACGAACGCCAUGUCAAUCUCGGUGUUUCUGCUGCCAACAUCAAGGGUUUCUCUCCCAACGAGCGCACUGUCUACAUCACUCACGGUUAUGGAUACCUGUUGCCCAUCAACGUUCGCGAGGUCUACGUUCGUGAUGACACUUGCUUCAGCAUCGACUGGUCUGAGAGAAUCAACGAUCCUGUUCAAUUCGAGACACAUACCGCCAAGCUGUCGGCAGGUAUGGAGGGUGUUUCGGCUUCGAGUCUUUCGGACUACCUAGAUUGUCAUCUCGAUAAUGGAUUCGAGUCGUUCGUGGAUGGCUACUUCGAGGNNGGGACUCNNCCCUUCUUGACCGAGAUGCUCAAGACUGCCUACCACUACUGGGUCAAGUCCAAGUCGUUGGUGAUUCGUAAAGCGCUCAAGUUGGUCCUAGCAUACAACUUGACACUUCACAUCACCAUGAUCGAAGGCCUUUCUGAGGAAGAGGCUAACGUUGGCAAGAUCGAGGAUGAGGACAGCAAGUUCUGUGGCAAGACUGUAGCACCUGGUAUGAUCAACUUCCAGGUUAAGAUUGCUUUGGCAGAUAUGUGGCGAGAGCUUCAGAAGGAUGUUCUGGAGGAGCUUUCGGCACUGUACUCUUCCGUCUACAGCGGAGAGAAGCUGAAGAACUGGCCAACGAUCUUCAUGCUGGCAGCAAUCUUGCUGGCUGUGUGGGAAGAGAUGCAGUUUGACGCACACUACCGCACACCUGAUGAGACGGCCGUCAACCAAUUCUGCAACGACAUGGAGAGUACCCCUGUUGGUGUCAUUGUCGGUCUGUUCCAGGCCAUCAGCCAGAAGUUGCCUAACUUCAUGGACUGGGACACUCGCAGCCACCACCAACUUCUCAACUCUGACCCUGCCAUCUGUGAUGCUUUGACCGAAGUGAAAGAGCAUGUUACCAAGCAUGGUGAGUUCCGAAGACUGUUGACUACAGAAACCGUCACUGACAGCCUUGCAGAAAAAUAUCUCCGAUCCAGAUCGGAUGCCAAAUUUGACCGCAACGACUUCGACUGUUUGUCGAACAAGUUCCUGGCCAGACUUGUCAUUCGUGCAAGCUGA